GGGAAGCGAUUGCCACUGUUUCCUUUAGGACCAGCUCACGUUGCGGGGCGGUGCUUCACCCCGAUACUCCCCCCCCCAUCGCCCCCGCUUCCUCGCUUCACAUAUCAAUCCAGUCUAGAAGACAUUAUUUCUGCGCGCUGUUUAAUCUUGCCAAAAUGAACAGAUUCGAGAAAGGCAGAAGCAGGAGCCUCAUUCCCUUUUCUGAUACCCGCGUUUCAUCAAGAAAAUAAAGCGGCAAGCCCUCACCGCAAUCCUCUGCACUCUCUGUAGAGUGCCAGGACAAACUGUUAACUCUCCAUCAUAGAAGACCAGAGGGAGAAGUCAAAAAUACUUGUCAUGAUGAGGUGUUACCACAUCUGCAAACUUCCUGGGAGGGUGAUGGGAAUCCGAUUACUCCGGUUCUCUUCCAUCAUCAUCCUUGUGUUACUCCUGGUGGCAGGUGCUUUGACUACCUUGCUUCCUAACAUAAAAGAUGAUAAAAUGCCCACUUCCCGCAGAGAAGCAAAACCCCAGAGCCAGUCAGCCCUGGAUUCCUUUACUCUCAUCAUGCAGACAUACAACAGAACGGAUCUGUUGCUGAGGCUGUUAAAUCAUUACCAGGCGGUGCCUCAUCUGCACAAAGUGAUUGUCGUCUGGAACAACGUUGGGGAGAAGGUGCCAGAGGACUUGUGGAAUGCCCUCGGGCCUCAUCCUGUCCCUGUGAUUUUCAAAAUACAGACUCUGAACAGAAUGAGAAAUAGACUCCAGACCUUCCCGGAACUAGAAACCAAAGCGGUUCUGAUGGUGGAUGAUGACAUGCUGAUUAGUGCUCAUGACCUCGUUUUCGCCUUCUCCGUUUGGCAGCAAUUUCCUGAUCAGAUUGUAGGAUUUGUCCCUAGAAAGCAUGUCCCCACUGCUUCAGGUGUUUAUAGUUACGGUGGGUUUGAGCUACAGAUACCAGGAUUUGGAAAUGGGGACCAGUACUCCAUGGUGCUGAUUGGAGCAUCAUUCUUCAACCGCAAAUACCUCGAGCAGUUCCAGAAACAACCAGCGACUGUCCACGCUCUGAUAGAUGAGACCCAAAAUUGUGAUGACAUCGCCAUGAAUUUUAUGGUCGCCAAACACAUCGGGAAGACUUCAGGGGUAUUUGUCAAACCUGUGGAAAUGGGCAAUUUAGAAAAAGAGACGAGCAGUGGUUAUUCUGGAAUGUGGCACCGGGCAGAUCACUUCCUGCAGAGAUCUUAUUGUAUAAAUAAGCUUGUGAAGAUCUAUGACAGCAUGCCCUUAAAAUAUUCCAACAUUAUGAUUUCCCAGUUUGGUUUUCCAUACUAUGCCAACCACAAAAGCAAAAUGUAAAAUAAAUGAAUAAAUAAUAAUCCUCGAACUGCUUGGAUAUUUGGGUAGCUUCUCAGUAUUAAGUUUUUAUAGCAACACUAUGGACUGUUAUCCCCUCUGAAGUCCAAGGUGGGCACUACUCUGGUACAGGAUGUGUGGUGCCACUAGUUUGGGAAAUCCCUCCUUACUUCAGAAAUAAAGAUGUUGCUGGUGUUGUUGCCAGGGUAGGCCUCUUGUUAAGGGAUUUUUAUCCAGGUGCAUAACUUCCUUGGUUUGUGACAUAACUGUUUACAUUUGAGACUGUUUUCCUUCUUUUCUGACUCCUGGCAUUUGCCUUAAGGACUAUAGCAAGCUGUCUCCAGUGUCUGAAACCCAUGAGACAUUUCUCUCAGCUUUCUCAUUUAAGGCUGCUUGCCUUCAUCUCAAGCCUCAAAUGCCAGUCGGGUUUAUGAAAAAGAAAUCCUGUAUUGUGGCUGGGAAAGCCACAGAGGAAAACAUAUUGACCUCAGAUUUCAUAAAAAGGGAGGAAAUCUAAAGGCAGCUGCUGAGUCCUCUGCUGGCCAACCCAACCUCUCUGUCUAGACUUAUUCUGCAGGCCAGGAUGUGGCUGCAAUUACCCCUGCUUUUGUUAUCACUGCUGGGUCUCUCAUGACCUGGUGGUUGUUUGUAGCUAAAGAAUGUCUGGUUGCUAACUUCAUUUUUCCAAACAUCUACUGCAUGGAUCACAGAAAAUGCAGCCCGUGUUAACUUAUAUGCAGCUGAAAGUUUCAAGAUGUAUCAAGAUUCAGGUUGUGCAUUUUGUCGCUAAAUCAGACCUCAAGAAUGUAUAUUCAUUCGCUUGUAUACUUUGCAUCAGGUUUGCAUCGUCAUUAAAGAAAUGCAUACAAACCAGUUCUGUUUUAGAAGAAUGUUAAAACAGGGAUUUAAUGAGACAAUAUAUGUAAAGCGCUUUGUAAACUUGGAAGUGCUCUGUAAAUGUGAAGUGUUAUUAUUAUUAGGGCCUGGCAGAGGUGCCCUUGUAGAAUUCUAAUAAACAAGUUCAAACAAACCCUAUCUCAUUGCACAUCAGUUAUCUCACGGGUUCUCACCUUAAUGCGUCUGUUGCCCUAAGUCCAUUGGACUUGAAUUCUGAGCGUGUUUAGUGUAUCCCUAGUCUCUUGUCUUCUCUCUGUAGGGCAGCGAAAGUCUUCCUUCUGAAGAAAAGUCCAGUUAACAUAGUCACAGAAGAAAGAGAACUGAAUCAUAAAUCCAGAGGAUAUGUAUACAGCAAGUUUGCAGCAACUCACUAUUGUGUUGUCAAGAUUGGUCCCUUUUGGUUCAUUCGAUGUAUUAUGGUAUUUGUCUUCCACGCUGGUGUCUCGUACUUCACCCUUGUUCAUUAGCAGUGGCAAAGGAUAUGUCAGUGCUGCGAAGCUAACCCUUGUCUGAGACUUUGUUUUAGCUUUGUUUUGCUGGAGUAACAUAAAUGGAUUUUUCUGAUUGCCUCCUUGUGAAAAAUAAUAUUAAAAUACUCAUGGCUGUUGGCCCAACCACACGGAUCUCUGCAGCGAAAUGUGUGCUCGGUUUUCUUUUUAUUGCUGCUCAUUGGUGAUUUCCAAUAGGGCUCUGAACCUUAUUUUUUAAGUGUGAAAUUAGUUAUUUAGUUUGCCAAAACAGACUGUGAUUUAGCUUCUUUUUAAAAAUAUUUUUUUGGCAGGUGGUGGGGGCUAAGAAUGAAGGUGGGAAGGAUGGAAUUCUAUUGGCAGAUAAAUAAAUAAAGCUUUUACCAUCCCC